AAACACAGCCUAAGGAGUCUAUCUCUCUCUCUCUCUCUCUCUCUCUCUCUCUCUCUGUGAAAUUGUCGUUUGCUGGUUGCUAACCGCAACAGUAACAGCAACAGCUACAAACAACCUGAUUGCCAUCAUCAUCAUCAUCAUCGACAAUUGCAGAUGGUGGCAGGUUCUAAUCCCCCAUUUUAAUCCUUCUCCUCCUCCUGAUGGCGUCUUUUCAUCUCUCCAUCUCUCUCUCUCUCUCUCUCUCUCUCUCUCUCUCUCUCUCGAAUUUCUUCUUCUUAUGUAGAUAGAUCAUAGAUACUGCUCCUGCCCCAUCGAUUAAUCAAAUCUCUUAUCCUUCUCCCAUUUCUCAACUUCUUGCCGCCAAUGCCGGGUCUCGUUUCAAUCAAAACGCCUCCUGAAGCUCCACCCCUCGGGAUCACCAUUCCCGACGACAACCACCACCAACAGAUCCGCCCCAAUUCCGCUAGAUCCGAACUCCUAAACCCCAAAACCACGUCGCCGGCGCAGCGGCGGCCGCCCUCGCCAGCGCCGUCGACGUCCCGGGCCAAGCCUUCCCCGGAUCGGAUCCCCGGCAAGAAGAAAUCGCCGGAGAAGCUUGUGGUCGACGAGUCUGCGUCUCUCGACAACCCCGAUCUAGGCCCCUUCUUGUUGAAGCUCGCGCGCGACACCAUCGCGACCGGCGAUGGCCCGGCCAAGGCGCUGGACUACGCGCUCCGGGCGUCGAAGUCGUUCGAGCUGUGCGCCGUCGAGGGGGAGCCGAGCUUGGACCUGGCUAUGAGCUUACACGUCGUCGCGGCGAUCUAUUGUAGUUUGGGGAGGUUUGAGGAGGCGAUUCCGGUGCUCGACAGGGCGAUUAGGGUUCCUGAUGUCUCUAGGGGUUCAGAUCAGGCUCUCGCGGCUUUUUCAGGGCAUAUGCAGCUUGGCGACACUCAUUCCAUGCUUGGCCAGCUGGAUCGGUCCAUCGAGUGUUACAAGCAAGGCUUGAAAAUACAAAUGGAGGCUUUGGGUGACACGGAUCCAAGAGUUGCGGAGACUUGCAGGUACUUAGCCGAGGCCCAUGUUCAAGCAAUGCAAUUUGAUGAAGCAGAAAAUUUGAGCAAAAAAACUCUUGAAAUCCAUUCUGUACACAGUCCGCCGGCUUCUCUUGAAGAGGCAGCAGAUCGCAGGUUGAUGGCCCUCGUAUGUGAGGCUAAAGGAGAUUAUGAAUCUGCUCUUGAACACCUUGUACUUGCCAGCAUGGCAAUGAUUGCCCAUGGACAAGAAAAUGAAGUUGCUGCAAUUGAUGUCAGCAUUGGUAACAUUUACAUGUCCCUAUCUCGCUUUGACGAGGCUGUCUUCUCCUACCAGAAGGCCCUCACUGUAUUCAAAUCUUCAAAGGGAGACAACCACCCUUCAGUUGCCUCUGUUUUUGUACGGCUUGCUGACCUAUAUUACAAAACGGGGAAGCUACGAGAGUCCAGGUCCUAUUGUGAAAAUGCUCUGAGAAUAUAUGCAAAACCAGUGCCUGGGACCACUGCAGAAGAGAUUGCAAGUGGGAUGGCAGAAAUUUCAGCUAUUUAUGAAUCUUUUAAUGAACCUGAGGAAGCUUUGAAGCUCUUGCAGAAGGCAAUGAAAUUAUUGGAGGAUAAACCAGGGCAGCAAAGUACAAUUGCAGGAAUAGAAGCACGGAUGGGCGUUAUGUUUUACGUGCUCGGGAGAUAUGAAGAAGCAUGGAGCUCAUUUGAGAGUGCUGUAUCAAAACUCAGGGCUAGUGGUGAAAAGAAGUCAGCAAUUUUUGGGGUUCUAUUGAACCAGAUGGGAUUGGCCUGUGUCCAGUUGUUCAAGAUAGAUGAGGCUGCAGAGUUGUUUGAAGAGGCACGAGAAAUACUGGAACAAGAGUGUGGACCAUGCCAUCAAGACACACUUGGAGUGUAUAGCAAUCUUGCAGCAACUUAUGAUGCAAUGGGAAGGGUAGAAGAUGCAAUUGAGAUUUUGGAGUAUGUUCUGAAAUUGAGAGAAGAGAAGCUAGGAACAGCAAAUCCUGAUUUUGACGAUGAGAAGAGAAGGCUGGCUGAUCUUCUGAAGGAAGCGGGCAGGUCCAGGAACAAAAAGACGAAAUCAUUGGAAAAUCUCAUUGAUCCCGGCUCUAGGAGGACAAAGAAAGAGGCAUCAAAGAAGUGGUCUGCCUUCGGAUUUAGAACUUGACAUAAACUGUCAUGCAUGUCUUUCUAUAUUCUUUGGGAUGCACAUUCUUGUAACAUAUAAAAGAUGGUGUAUAGGGUUAAUUUGUGAUCUCUGGUGAGGCUUGUUACUCUGGGCUUUAAAUGUCUUCAUUGCUUUUCAUCAUGUUUGUGUAAUCUGUUUGUUCUGAUUCUCGUUUGUGACCUUGAAUUUGUUCGUUCAGUAUUCCAAAAGGAAAUUGUCUUUUCCCUUGUCUC